GCAGCUCAUAUCAGGCUGAACGACAAACGGGCACGAUUAUUAUACUGCAGAAGUGACGACAAGCGAUCUGAAUUCAGCUAUGAAGAAUCCUUCCCUUCUUUUUCUCUUCGUUUGUGGACUUGUUAUAAUAGGAAUAUUUGGAGAGGAAGCCGAUGAGAAGAAAAGGGGAUAUCGAGGGUAUAAAACUCAACGGGUGGACAACAAACUGAACCGAAGAGGUUACGGGUAUGGAGCUCAGCGGGUGGACGACAGUGACGUAAAUGACGAGGAGAAGCGAAGAGGUUACGGGUAUGGAGCUCAGCGGGUGGCCGACAGUGACGUAGAUGACGAGGUGAACCGCAGAGGCUACGGUAGACGUUAUGGAGGUUACGGGUAUGGAGCUCAGCGGGUGGACGACAGUGACGUAGAUGACGAAGUGAAGCGAAGAGGUUACGGGUAUGGAGCUCAAAGACGGGUGGCCGACAGUGACUUAGAUGACGAGGUGAAGCGAAGAGGUUACGGGUAUGGAGCUCAGCGGGUGGCCGACAGUGACGAAGAUGACGAGGUGAACCGCAGAGGCUACGGUAGACGUUAUGGAGGUUACGGGUAUGUAGCUCAGCGGGUGGACGACAGUGACGUAAAUGACGAGGUGAAGCGAAGAGGUUACGGUUACUACCGAGCUAAACUUAACGACGUUGACGACGAACAGAAACGGCGCUUCAAAGCUUCCAGAGGAUAUGGAGCUCAACGGGUGGACGACAAACUGAACCGAAGAGGUUACGGGUAUGGAGCUCAACGGGUGGACGACAGUGACGUAGAUGACGAGGUGAAGCGAAGAGGUUACGGGUAUGGAGCUCAACGGGUGGACGACAGUGACGUAGAUGACGAGGUGAAGCGAAGAGGUUACGGGUAUGCAACUCAGCGGGUGGACGACAGUGACGUAGAUGACGAGGUGAAUCGCAGAGGUUACGGUAGAGGUUACGGUAGAGGUUACGGGUAUGCAGCCAAUCGAGUUGACGACGAUAAACGAGGUUAUAGAGCUCAGCGGCUGUAUGACAAUGACAUAGACGAUGAGGAGAAAAGAGGAAGAGGGUAUGCAGCCAAUCGAGUUGACGACGAGAAACGAGGGUAUCCAUACCGGCUGAAUAACGACAGAAGAGCGUAUCCUGCCAAGCGGGUUGACGACGAUAAACGAGGGAACUCAGGGUAUUAUACAAGCAAGCGGAUGAACGACGAUAAACGAGGGACCGCAGGGUAUGCAGCAUAUCGGGUUAACGACGAUAAACGAGUUGAAGACGCCAAUAUCAAUCUACUUAAAAGACUCCUGGAUCUUCAACGAAGAGAGAACUAAGUGGUAUCAUCAGGAAACACUCUAUUCACUACGUGACUUCGUGAACCCGGAAACAAACUUCUUUUGGACCGGCACCACUUCCUGUGGCAGACCAACCAUGAGUUACUUAAUGAAAUGACUUAAGAUCCAAAUAUUCACAUUCUUUUCCUAGCGGACCCAUGUCUGAACGCCAUAAAUAUUAUUAACAGUUGCCAUUAUUCAAAGCUCUCGUUCUUUCAUGUGAGAUUUGAAUAAGCAUAUGGCGGAUUUACAAAUCGUCCUCUCGAGAACAUAAUUUGAACUAGUGCGCUACUUUUUCUGAGGAAACCCGGAAACGAGACAACUGUUUGGAGUGUGUCCUGCACAGAGCAGACCAGAAGUCGAUACCAUCCAAGACGGACCGCAUCCCUUACUGGACUUGAUGAAUUGUUGGUUAUUUUCUACCAGUGUUUUAGAUUCUUAUCUUGAUUGCAUUUAAUAUAAUAAUUAAUAUAAAUUUCUUUUUCAUUGAUAAAAUUCUAUCAUUUAUUUCUGAUAUGCUUUUCUGACUUAUUGACAGUAUAGGGCCUAUAUGUUUUUACUGAUAAAAUUCUAUCAUUUAUUUCCAAUAUGCCCUUCUGUCAUAUUGACAGUAUGGAUGCUUUUAAGUUCCAAACGAGUAUACCGUUACCACAUGUAUACUAAAAUAUCUUAAAUUUAGCUCUUAUUUUCUUUAUCUAUUUUACCAAAAUGUAUUUGAUGUAAACACAGCACUAAACAUCGGUCAAUAAAUAGCGGCAAAGUAAA